AUGCACCCGCAUUAUGUUUUCAAUAAUAUUAUUAAAGGACAAGCUAUUCGAGCUUUCAGACUUAACCCUACAGAAGAGGGAUAUGAAGAGGAACUGGCUAAUCUUAAAAAUAGAUUAUUAGCUAGGUCAUAUAAUAAGCGUGAAAUUUCCAAUGUUUUUCGAAGUAUUGAACAGUCCAGACAUGAUAAAGCGUGUACAUAUUUUUCUGACAUUGGUAGUGAUGGGUAUUCCAGUAGACACAGUUCCUUACAAUCUACUAACUAUAUUAAUUCAUCUCAGAAAUUUUCUUUAUUUUAUACAUAUGACUUUGACCAACUGAAAGAAAUCAUUUUUAAGCACUGGAAAGUUUUAACCAUAGACCCUCAGAUUAAAGAGUUUGUAGCUGAUUAUCCCCAAUUUUUAUUUCAAAUUAAGAAAAAUCUUCAUAGAAUUCUGUGUUAUCCAAAAACCAUGAAAAUCCAUAGUGACAUUACCUAUAACCAUGUAUCGCAGCUGUCAAGACAACCAGAAGUGAACAGUAAUAGGGUGGACCAAAUCAAGUUUAAAGAAUCAAAAGACAAUAUUACUGCCAUGGGAAGGAAUCAGACACACCUUCAGAUACUUCUUAAAGAAUCAGAAGACAAGAUCACUGCAAUGGGAAAUAACCAGACGAGCCUUCAGUUACUUCUUAAAGAAUCAGAAGACAAGAUCACUGCAAUGGGAAAGAACCAGACGAGCCUUCAGAUACUUCUUCAAAAAUCAGAAGACAUGAUCACUACCAUGGGAAAGAAUCAGAUGAGCCUUCAGAUGCUUAUUAAGCAAGCAGAAGAGAAACUCACUGUCAUGACUAAAAAUCAGUCAAACCUUCAAAUACAACUCAAGCAAGCAGAAGUGAAUAUUACAAGUGUAAAAACAAAGCAGUCAAGCCUUGAAACAAAAGUCAGUCAAGCAGAACAAAAAAUCACUGCCUUGGAAAGGAAUCUCAGUCAAAUAGGAUUGCAGGGCAAGUGUUGCCCUUCAGGAUGGGACUUUCUUAGCCCCAGCUGUUACUAUUUUGCAACAAGUGCUGAAAAUUGGCAUAGUGCACAAACUCGUUGUAAAAGUUUGUCCUCAGAUUUAGUAGUGAUCAAAAGUGCAGAGGAACAGUCAGGCUAUGAAACUGCCAUUUUUGCAUUAAAAGUAUGA